UGGACAGAGGGAGUCAUUCUCUCCUGCCUCGGCAGUGAAAGCUGCGGAUCCGGACCUGCGGACGGACGCUGCUCCCUCUCGGUGGACGAGCUGCUGUCGGCUUUCUUCGUUCAUCUUCGUGGAUUAAUUUUGAUGAAAACCUGCGGAUUUAAUCUCGCCUCAAUUGAGGAUACCUGCGCUUUACGGAGCAAGCUCACAGUCUGACACACACUCUCCAGCUCCUCCAUCACUUUUAUUCACUACUUGAACAAUCAGCGGCUCCAACAUGGCCGGCUCCCCGGGAACAGGAGGCUCCAACCCCCGCAAGUUCAGCGAGAAGAUCGCGCUGCACAACCAGAAACAGGCGGAGGAAACCCGGGCCUUUGAGCAGCUGAUGACUGACCUCACUGUGUCCAGGGUUCAGUUCCAGAAGAUCCAACAGCUUCGUCUUACUCAGUCGAGGGCGCCGUACUAUGGAGGCUCUCUGCCCAAUGUGAACCAGAUCAGCAACAGCAGCAGUGACUUUCAGGGUGAAUUUCCUUCAGGACUGGACUCAGUCAGAGGCACACGUCACCACGGGCUGGUCGAGAGAGUCCACCGGGACCGAAACCGCAUCAACUCCCCCCACCGCCGACCAAUCGACAAGCAUGGCCGCCAGAUGGAGAGCUCUCCAUAUGGAGCGGUGUACCUGUCCCCUCCUCUGGACAACAACUGGAGAAGGGAGCAGCAGGCGUGGACGGAGGACAAACGGCCUGCUGGGUUUAGAUUAAUUUCACAACUUAACAGAACAAACUCGGACUCGGCUCUUCAUACAAGUGUUAUGAAUCCAAACCCUCAGGACCCGUUUGGUAUGAAUCAGCAGAUGAGCAGAGCCCCUCCCCAACGCAACGCAAGUGUGAACGAGGCGGAGGUGGACGGCUCUGGAAACAUCUUUUCCUUCCCCCCCCUCGCUAAUGAGGAGAGUCUGAUGGGAGUCAAACCUCUUCCAAUGCAGCUGUGGGAGGCCAAGAAGGUCCAGUCUCUGGCCUCCAGGCCUAAAUCCUGUGAAGUGCCUGGGAUCAGUGUAUAUUCGUCUCCAGAUCAGAGCCCCGGUUUUUCUCACUUUCAGGGUUUGUUGAACUCAGGCGGCUCUCUGCCUGACCUCACAAAUCUUCACUUCCCCUCCCCACUCUCUACGCCGCUCGACCCCGAGGACCACGCAGGGUUCCCUAACCUGAGUGGGGGUAGCAGCACUGGAAACCUGCCGGCCGCUAUGAUGCACCUGGGCAUCAGCAACACACAGGGUCUGUCCUUGUCUCUCAGUAAUCCAUCCAUUCAGGCGUCUCUGAACACCUGUCAGCUGCAGUCGUCUCUGAGUAAUCCUUCCAUCAACUCUUCUCUACGACUGUCCAACAACUCCCCCCGAAGGCGUCCAGCUCCAAUAAGCCCCCUCACUCUGUCGCCUGGCAACGACCAGCGUAGAGGACUGUCCAAGCAGCUGUCCCCCACCAUGUCUCCUGCUCUGUCCCCCAUCACACAGGGAGUUGCUCUGGAUACUUGCAAUAUGCUGAGGGAGCCGCCACCACCCUACCCACUUUACCAACAGUCCCAGCAUGCCAUUGACCAGAGCCGACAACACCAGCACCAACAGCAGCAGCAACAUCAGCAACAACAUCAGCAACAACAGCAGCAACAGCAGCAACAUCGACAACAACAUCAACAACACAAACCUGUUUCCCCCCUCCAGAGUGGAUCGCUGGACUUCAACACAGGCCAAAACAUGUCGACGCUCUUUAACGACGCCUUCAUUGACCCCCAGUUCACCAAUCGCAGCAAGACCCUCCCUUACCAGUUGGACCAGUUCAGUCUGCUGGAGAACUCGUUGAGCUCGUCAGCGGGGAGUUCAGGCUUCAACCCCCCAUCCUCCUCCUCACUGCUCUUUUACUCCCAGGCCGCCCUGUCGGAGUUGGGGGGCAGCCAUGGCAGCCUGCAGGAGCCCCAGAACAUGAGGUCCAACAUGCUGUACUCCAACUACAGUGGAGGACUGCCCAACAUCAUCCUCACAGAUGAUUCAAACCAGACUCUGUCCAAGGACAUCAGUGCCGCGCUCUCUGCUGUUCCUCAAUGUUUCGACUCUGAGGGGGGCUUUCGAUUGGAGGAUGAGCUGCACAUAGAGCCUCUCAGCCUGGACGGUCUGAGCAUGCUCAGUGACCCUGACAUGGUGCUCCCUGACCCAUCUGUGGAGGAUUCUUUCCGUAGCGACAGACUGUGAACACACACACACACACACACACAAAAAAAGUUUAAUCUGAACAGACUUUACCGACAUGAAUCCACUUAGUCAAUGUGAGCAUGUUUACCUGGGAACAACACACACACACACACACACACAUUAACAUGUGACAUGUGAACACGUGUUUUUGAAAACCCGGAUCAGGAUGGACGAUCUAGCAAGGAUUCCUCCGACCUCUCUCACCGACUGCACCCUGAAGCCAUGGUAACCCUAUCGCCAUGGAAACAUGCACUUCCUGGUUUUGUACUUUGAAAGACAUGUUUGUGCUCGGAGACGUUUUCUGUUCCUUCUGGAAACUUGUGACUUUUUUCUUCUUCAGGUGAAUAAAGGCAGCAAGCUGCGGAUACUUCAGGCUCUGAAACAAUCGUGGGAGAAAUUAAGACUUUGGAUCUCCUGUUCAAAAUGUUUUUCUUGACAGUUAUAAACGAACACUAUUCAAAUGUAUUUUUAAAAGAGAAACAAAAAGGGCCAAGUGUUUACGAUUUUAUAAAAUAUUACUAAAGACUCUAAGAACUAAAAGAUGGAGCCGAGUGGUCGAGAAGACGGGCGAGCUCUGUGCUGCUGUGCGCCCAGUUUGUAUCUAAUGUUUGUACCUGACUUCUGUAACCGCCAAAACACACACACACACACACACACACACACACACACACACACACACACACACACACACACACACACACACACACACACACACACACACACACACACAGUGAUCAUGUGGACUUCAUGUGACGUUGUAUUUAACUUGUUUUGCACUAAUUGUUCCUCGAGAUAUUUUUACACAUGGUCAGUUUUUUAUCCCAAAGAUCAGAACGAAUUAAAAAUGGAUUAUUCUUAGAUCAUCUGAUUAUUUUUAAAAAAUAUUUACAGCUGAUUCUGUACUAACUUGGACUCUCUGGGAAUAGAGCGCCCCCUAGUGACCAUGAAAAUCAAUUCAGAGAUUUUCUCCUUUUAACCCUGAAGCAUUUAUUAAACUAUGCAAAGGUGUUUUGUAUUCAGUGAACCCUGUGGAUCAGGUUAAACUUCACAUCAUGUAGUAUACCCCCUGACCCCCCCCCCCCCCAACUCUGAACAUGUUUUUCAUAAUGUGGGGGUCAAAUGAGCUAAAAGCCCGAUAUGACAUGAGUCCAGUGUCCACAUAUGGACGGGUUUGUGCUCCUGCAGGAAUAAAAACAUUGAAAGAGGUUUGUAUUUGAUGUGAGACCUGCACUGUGUGGACGAUUGUGAUGAAGAGGGCUGUUGGUUAUGAUGUUUUAUAAGAAGUAUAUUCAGUUUGACUUAUUACACAUUUUUACUCUUGUUAUUAACAUGAUGGAGCCGCUUUGCAUUUUAACUCUGUAAAUUUAUAAUCCUGCUGCCGUCUGCUGCCUUACUUUAUUUUAUUAUUCCAGCAGUUUUCACCUCCUGUUUUAGCAUUUGUCUUCUUUUCUGUCUGUUUCAUUGUUGUUGUUUUUUUGUUGUCUUACUCUUUAGUUUCAUAUUAAAAUGCACAUGUCAUGUUAUUUAAAGAAUAUUUUUGUCCACUAGUGUGGCUAUUUUUUUAUGUAAUUUGAGUUUGUUUAAUCCCACAUUUAAAACAUAUUUGGUCUGUAACAGAUGUCAUAGUGGUAAUCAUUCUGGUUUGAUAUAAACAAUAAACUUUAAGUCUGAA